GUUUACCACAAUGAUUGCAUGUAUCUUGCCCAUCAAUGCCUUACUCUUGGCCGGAGCAAAAUUUUCCCCAUUGUGGAGUCCCUUGGAUUGGGCGCGGGCUUGCAGACAGCUGCGUCCUUGUCCACUCUUCAUCUUGUCACUCCUCUGAGAAAUGCUGCCACAUCCACUCUCAUGGAACACUUACGCACUCAAAAGUCGCUUAUUCAAGAAAAAUUUAAUUCUACGCGUGGUCUUAAGGAUUGUGCAGGAGAAGGUAGUGAAGUAUGUGAAAAGGCGAUUGUUGGUUGUAUCUCUCUUUUACUCACUGUUUUCAAAUGUAUUGAUCCGCUCCCUGUCACUAUUUACCUUCGAUUUCUUGGGGUUCUUACUGAUGAAUUCAUUCGUCUGCUAUGUGAUGCGGUGCUCAACUUGGAAGAUAUUAUCACCAUGGAGUGUUCAAUUCUCCUUCGUUAUAUAGACUCCGUUAUAAAAGCGACUUGUUGA